UAGUGACCCGUGCUUUCCUUCCCGCUCCUCUUUGUGUCCCACAGGAACCUCGGUCUCCAGAGCGGCCCCCUGCCCCAGACGACCCUCACCACAACAAUGAACUCCUCCCAUCUCAGCUCCCGCACAGCCGGCGAUUUCCUGGAAGAACUGCAGCUAAUCGCUGCACAGAACCUGGAAAAACUGGACAUCAACAAAUAUUAUGAAGUGAUCCGAGAACUGGGCAAAGGCACCUAUGGCAAAGUGGACCUGGUCAUCCACAAAAUCAGAGGCUCCAAGAUGGCGCUGAAGUUCUUGAGGAAGAAGACGACCAAGCUGAAGAGCUUCCUGAGAGAGUACAGCGUGUCUCUGUACGUGUCGCCCUGCCCCUUCAUCAUCAACAUGUACGGCAUCGCCUUCGAAACCGACGACUACUACGUCUUCGCUCAGGAGUUUGCUCCAGCAGGAGACCUGUUUGACAUCAUCCCUCCUCAGGUGGGACUCCCUGAGGCUGUGGCUAAGCGCUGCGUCCACCAGGUGGCCAUAGCUCUGGACUAUCUGCACUGCAAAAAGCUGGUCCACAGGGACAUCAAGCCGGAGAACGUCCUCAUCUUUGACACAGAGUGUCACAAGGUCAAGCUGUCGGAUUUUGGCAUGACACGGCGCGCCGGCUCCCCUGUGAAGCGCGUGAGUGGCACUAUACCCUACACAGCGCCUGAACUGUGUGACACUAUGCGACAUGAGGGCUUCUGCGUGGACUACAGCACUGAUGUGUGGGCGUUUGGCGUGUUGCUCUUCUGCAUGCUGACGGGCAACUUUCCCUGGGAGAAGGCCAUGCCCAGUGACGCCUUCUACGAAGAGUUUGUAUGCUGGCAGCAUUGCCAGAUGGUCACAAUACCGUCACAGUGGCGUCGCUUCACUGACGAAGCCCUGAGGAUGUUCCGUAGACUGCUCUCGGUAGAGCAGGAACGCCGUUGCUCUGUCAAAGAGGUCUUCGGCUAUUUCAGUGAGUUCUGGAUGCUGGACACGGAGAAUGGAAACAGCAGCAGCGCGGGCUUGGUGAGCAGUGCACCACCUGUAGACAUCAGCUCAUCCUCCUCCGAGGAGGACGCGCUGGUGGACAGACUGAAGCAGCAGACCCUGUCACCCGCCUGUGUGGUGGCGAAGGGGAGCAUCAUGAUGGACACUUAUUCUUCCACGUCCACAAACAGCUCGCCGUCCUCCACCAGCAGCUUUGUGCGCGUUAAUCACGAAAACCAUGAACGAGGCCGCGUUGUAGUCGCUACCCCUAUUGAAAUCUGUGUGUAGAAGCAGUGGACAUCACCUUACGGGGGACCAGUGAGAAGGAAUAUUUCUCCGAGGGAGAAAGGAGAAACGUGAGGAUGGAAGGAAAGAUGGAAGUGUGAGAGGUGACUGGUGUCGGGGACGUUGAUGCUCCAUCGAGCGUCACAGCGGUUUUUCUUGUUUCCGCUGAAGGUGCACUCUGAUAACAUGAGACAGUCAAACCGGAGUCUCUGAUCUGUGGUUUAGAAUCGAGAAACCUGGAGAAGUGGAAAAGAAAAAACUUCUCACGAGCAACACAGUCAAAUGUCGAAU